UAUCGAUUUUAAGAUUGAAAUACCGACUUCGUAUAUAAAAGCCGGCAGCAACACACGGUCCAUUUAGUUUUCCACUGGAUUACUUUGACUGUGGACAUUCUUGGCCCAUCAUCACCAUGAAGUUCACACUUGCCCUUUUGGUGACCGUUAUCGUCAGUGGUUCGGCCAGUGUUCUGCGUUCCCGCGAACACCAGCCCAAGAACCACGUGGAGGAGGAGUGGAGUCGUUUUUUCCCCGAGAUCAGCCACCCUAAGAUCAAGGAGCGCCUGUUCAAGGAUGGCGGCGAAUACCGUUACCUGUACGACAGCCAGAUCCUUACCGGCAUGCCCUCCGUCCACUACCAGUUCUCCGGCGCCCGCAUCCGCGCGGUGGUCAAGAUCCAGCUGACCGGCCAGAAGGACCUCAUGCAGAUUGAGAAAGUGUUCGUGGGAUCUCUCCAUGAGCGCUUUGUCUCUGACCCGCAAACCCUUGUGGAACUGAGCGCCUUCGAACCCGUCAAGCCCGAGGAUGCCCCCUUCGAGGAAGUCCUCCGCCGACCAGUCCGCUUCAGCUACGAGAAUGGCAAGAUCAACGACUUCGAAGUGACCGAAGGUGAUCCCACCUGGUCCAUCAACAUCAAGCGUGCCAUCAUCUCCACCUUCCACCUGUCGCUGACCGACCGCGAGGAGCCCAUCGAUGAAGUCCGCCGCGAGAAGCUGUCCAAACUCAACCCCGAAUCCCGCAACGAGGUCACCCGACCAUCUGGCAAGAAGUCCUCCAAGUCCAGCAGUGAACGCGACAACUCCGAAUACUUCACCGUCGUUGAGGAUGGUGUCGCCGGCCGAUGCGAGGUGUCCUACCUGGUGAUGGAGAUCCCCGAUGAGGACAUGAGCGUCUACCCCAUCGACGAGCUCAUGCAGAAUGCCGGUCAGUACGAAUCCGGAUCGCCGCAGCCUGGUGGCCGCCCACGUGACAACAGCAAGUCGCCCCGUGGAUCCCGCGGACCCCGCUCCGUCCCUACCGAUCGCGAGGAACUGCCCGUCCUGAACGUGACCAAGACCUUUGAUCGUCGCAACUGCGAAUUCCGCCCCUUCGUCUUCAAGGGACUCCAUCUGACCACGGCCUGCCCCAACUGCGAGGAGGAUCCCGAAAGCUACUUCGACCUGCUGGAAUCGUCCGCCCACACCCGCUACAACAUCACCGGCACCAAGGAGCAGUACAUCAUCGACGCCGCCGUCAGCGAGGCCGUCUACAAGAUCACGCCCCGCUCCCACUACGCCGGCUCCAUGGUGGCCUACGCCAACGUCACCACCGUCCUCAUCGAAUCCGGCUCCAUCAAGGAACCCAUCCGCUUCCCCGAGGGCAAGACCAUCCAGAUCGACGGUCUCCACAUGAUCAACGCCCACUUCCUCAAACGCGAAGGCGACAAGGUCUUCCUCGAUGCCCCCGAGACCGACAAGCCCAUGCCCCAGAAGCCCGAAUACUGGCCCAACAUCGCCCAGAAGCCCCAAAAGGUCAAGGCUCUGUUUGAGAAAUUGGUGCACGGCAUGGAACCCCGCGACGGCAAGACCAUGGAAAUCGACACCGACAUUAGCGUCCUGGUGGAGGACAUUGUCCGUAUCCUCGACAAGGCUUUCACUGAGGAACUCGAGCAGAUCCACAAUGCCAUCAAAUCCGUUAGCGCCCCCGGCGUCCAGAAGGAGGAAAUUGAACACCUGUUUGCCGAUCUGUUGGUGGCCACCGGCAGCAACUGCACCUUCACCUACCUGAAACGCCUGUUGACCGACAAACAGCUGGAAGGCCCCGUCGUCCAGGAUGUCCUGGCGCUGAUGCCCUUCAAGAUGCAGACAGACAAGAUCAACCAGAUGAUGAUCGAGGAGUACAUGGAUAUGUGCGAGGAUGAGGAUCUGAAGAACGAUCCCUUCGUCGAACGCGCCUGCUGGUUGUCCUUUGGCACCCUGGUCCACAAGGCCUGCGAGCACAAAUGGUACGGCGAAAAGACCUGGUUGGAGGUCAUGGAGGAGGCUAACCAGCGCCCGUCCGGUUCCGAACCCGGCCGUCGUCUGCCCGCCCGCCGACCCCGUCAGACCCCCUCCCGCAGCGGUGAGCCCAAGUACAACGACGAGAUGCCGCCCCGAUGCCCCCCGGAGACCCGUGACCGUGUCGUCCAGAAAGUGACCGAGAUGCUGAAGAACGCCGAUUCCGAUGAGAAGAAGAUCCUGGCCAUUAAGAUCAUGGGCAACAUGGGUGUCAACGAGACCAUCGACGAGUUGAUCGAGAUCGCCAAGGACGACGCCCUGCCGACGUACGUGCGCACCCAGGCCAUCUACGCGCUCAAGUACACCGCCACCGACUACCCCGAGAUGGUGUACAACUACCUGCUGCCACUGUACCGCCGCACCAACCAGCCCACCCAGGUCCGCAUUGCCACCCUCGUCACCAUCCUGGCUUCCCGUCCCGACCUGCCCAUCUUGGAGGAUAUUGCCCAGAGCCUCAACCGUGAAAUCGAUCUGGAUGUGGCCAGCUACACCUACUCCGCCAUGACCUCGCUGGCUAACAGCACCCACCCGUGCCUCAAGAACUUGACCCGCGAUUUGAUCCUGGCUUUGGAGCACGCUAAGCCCGUCAACAGCGACAUCCGCCACUCCAAAUCUGUUCACAGCGGCAAAUACAUCGACCAUAUGAAACGCGGUCUCUUCUGGGAAAUCAACCACGUCAUGGACAGCGAUGCCCCGAUCCCCCGCUCCGGCAACUUCCGUCUGCACGCCACCGUCAUGGAGAAGUCAUUUGACCUGAUCGAAUUCGGCUAUGAAACCGAAGGCUUCGGUGAUGCCAUCCGCAAGUACGUCGGCAACUACAGCCGUGAAGCCGUGGAGGAGAUCCUCAGCGGCCGCGCUGCCCGUCGCCCCCGUGCCACCCCGGGUGACAGCCAGGUCCCCGAUCUGGAACAGAUCGACCAGAUGCUCAACGUUCAGCCAGAGCCCCCCAAGGACAUCCGCGGCACCGCCUACCUUAAGCUGUUCGGCCAGCAGACCCGCUUCCUGGUCAUCAACCCGCAGACCAUCAGCCGCACCAUCGUCGACGUGAUCACUCGCUCGCAGAACCUGAUCCCCAAACUGACCGGUGAAGGGCUCCCCAUGGACCAGCGCCGUGCCACUACUUUAAUGGACGUCCGCGUCGACUUCCCCACCAUCGUCGGUGUGCCCAUCUCCACCAAGAUCGUCGCCCCCGUUGUGGCCUCCAUCAAGGGCAAACUCAAGGUCCAUAUGGAACCCAAACCCGCCGCCGGAUUCAGCAUGCUGAAGAACGCUCCCCACAAGCUGUUGGUUGAAAGCGACGUCAAGACCAGUAUCGCCGGAGAGAUCCACACCAAGAUGAGCGUGUACCUCGGCUUCUUCAAGAUCGGCACCGGUGUCCGCACCCGCUUGAGCUUCAACGCUCCCAUCAGCGGCAAAUUCGAGUUCAACAUGCAGGACCGCAUGACCAAACUGGUCCUGGACAUGCCGGAGACCCCCUUCAAACUGGUCAACAUCUCCUCCUACCCGGUGACCUACGUGCUCCACUACUCCAAGAACCCCACCACCUACCAGCCCAAACCUGUGCCAUCUGGUCAUUUGGCGCCCCAUCCCCGUGGUGAACACGAGAGCAGCGAGGAGUCCGUCGAGAUGUCGUCGCGUCCCCGCCCCCUGCCCCACGGCCCCCACGGAGAAGGCUUCGUCAAGGUCAACAUCACCGAUGCCCGCACCACUCUGAUCACCGGUACCGGACACGUCAUUAUGUCCAAGUUGGUGGGUCUGCCGCUGCCGACCCUCGACAUGUGGGAGAUCCCUACGCCCAUGUUCGUCAAGUCCCGCAAGGUCCACUUCCAGAUGGGCCAUGAAUCCAUCGCCGCCAAGAUCGACUUCAAGUCCAAGAUGGAGUACCCCGACACCCUGAUCCCCACCGCUCUCCUGCCGGUCGUCGGUGCCAAGUGCGAACUGGAGCUGAAGGUCACCCCCAACCCUGGCCACAAGAAGCUGGUGUUGACCAUUUUCGAGCGCAGCGAAUUCACCCACUCCCACUCCGAGAAGGAGCUGUUGAACAAGUUGAAGGAUAAGGUCGCCGAUAUCCCCCUGAAGGACACCCCCACCCCCGAAAUGGACAAACGCCCCAAGAUGGGUCACUCCCUGCAGUUCUUGAUCAACAGCCAGGGUAGUGAGAAUCCCCAGGAAUGGACCACCCGCGGUCUGAUGGCCCUGAUCUACUCCGUGGACGGCCGCUUUGUCAAGCUGGUCGCCGGUAUGAACAGCAAAGUGCCCACUCUGCCCAAGAAGUUCUGCAUGACCGCUGAAGUCAAGAAGCCCGAACGCAACGGCAUGUGGUUCAUGACUCCUCAGGAACCCCUCAACAAAUCCGUCCAAGGAAACCUUGAAGCCUCUUGGGGUGAUGAGUGCGGCAGCGAGAAGUACGUCAAACUCCGUCUGCGCUACCAGAAGACCAAGGAACAGAUGGAAGUGGAGAAGUAUGACCUUUACGACGAGAACGGCAUCCCUGUCCCCCUGGACAUCGCCCACGAAGUCCGCGAAGGUGAAGGCCUCUUCAACUCCAUGUACAAGUGCGAGGAAGACCGUCAGCGCGGCGCUUUCUUCAGCAAGGAAUGCGUUGACUUUGCCAUCUGGUACAGCGAUCUCCUCCGCUUGAAGUUCGACAUCGAAUACAAAGAGGUGCCUCGCUCCGUCCGAAACGUUCUGUCCAAAUUGGAACGCUUGGUGAAAUUCAAAUAUUUCUGGAACACCGACACCAAGGAAGUGGACAUCCACAACCCGGAGAACCGUGUCAACAUGCUGAUUGAAUUCUCCGCCGACCGUAGCUACAUGGACAUCAAAUACCAGACCCCGCGCAGCAACGUCAGCAUCAUGAACAUCGAUCUGCCGGUUGAUGUGCAGCCCAUCAGUGCGUUGGUGCCCUGGACGCCCGCCCGUCUGGUCGGUCUUGCCAUGUACCCUGCCUGCACCAUCUCGGGCCCCAAGAUCAAGACCUUCGAUGAAGUAUCCGAUGAGAUGCCGUUGAGCCAAUGCUGGCAUGUGUUGGCCAAGGAUGCCACCGAUGAGAAGUUGUUCGCUGUUUUGGUUGCUGCUGCCGGCAAAACACCAUUGCCAAAGAAAGUCGCGGUGAUCUUCAAGGACCACAAGAUCGAAGUCCUGCCCACCGGCCCCGUCUCGGGAUCGCCCCAGAGCCCGCCCAGCCUGAAAUCCUUCGUCGUCAAGUACAACGGACAGGAGCUGCGCGAAGCCAUGACCCCCGAGAAGUACACCACUAUCCCGCCCAACAUGCCCGAGGACAAGGAGGAACUGGCCGGUAUCACCCUCAUCAAGCCCGAGGAAUCCGGCAACAAGGAGCCCAUCCUGGCCAUCUUCUCCCGACCGAUGGGCAUCAAGGUCCUCUUUGACGGCUCCAGUGUCACCGUUGUGCCGUCGCCGUUCUGGAAGAACGGUCUGAUGGGUCUGUGCGGUUCGUACGACGGCCAGCCAUGGGACGACAAACUGCUGCCCAACAUGACGCUGGUGGAUGAGCCAGUGCAGGUGUCGCGGGCCUUCCUCCUCAACACCCGCAACUGCGACUCGGAAGUACCCGAGCCCCACACCGGCAACAAACUGCCCAAAUCCCGUCUUCCUUAAGAUCUUCCGCUGACUGCAGCAGUCUGCCCUGUUUGUUACAGCUAUGCACACUUUCCCAAAUCAGUGUCUAUAUUCCAACGUGUCAGAGUAAUCCGCUGGUUACGUAGAUUGGUGUUUUUUCUUUCGAUUCCCCUACAACCGUUUUAUUGUUUUUGAUUUUGUAUGUGAUUUUUUGGUGUUGGACAAUUGAAUUGAAUUAAAUUAAUUCAUAUGA